GAGCAUGAGCAAGAGAGUGAAAGAGAAGGAGGAGUGACAGAAAGGAAAAGAAAAGAGGGAAGAAAGAGACUCAUUAAGCCAAGUUCCUCUCAGCACUCGUUCUGGUACAUAGACUCUCUCUCUGACGUUCUUUCUCUCUAUCUCUCUCUCACACACACACCACACACACAAACUCAAAAACACAAAGCAGAAGUGGACAAAGACACACGGUUUCAGUCGCCACGGUUGGCUAUGGCUCAGGGCUCUGACAGCAAUGACACAAGUUACAAGUCCCCAUCACCUGGCAGCAGGCCGAGCUCCUCAGAUGAUGCGAAGAAGGUGAUCCGGCGAGAGAAGAACCGGAUCGCUGCUCAGAAGAGCAGGAUGAGGCAAACCCAGAAAGCUGACAGCCUCCACUUGGAGAGUGAGAACCUGGAGAAGGAGAACGCUGCUCUGAGGAAGGAGGUGAAGCAGCUGACAGAGGAGGCCAAGUAUCUCACCUCCGUGCUGAACAGUCACGAACCUCAGUGCACCGGUCUGGCUCUGCAGACCCCCGACCUCCUCUACCCUCCUCAUCACAGCAGCUACCACCAUCAGCACAUCACUGUACCACACUACCAGCACUGACCUGACUGACUACUGAGGCGGCCUGAGGGCGUGCUGCGAACAGAUGACUGACCUCAAUGGAGAGAAAGACUGACUGGAGAUGUGUCAAUAAGUGUUGUUCAAAACUGAGGAGUAUAACAGGCCAACAUGUCUGCCAAACGAUGACAGUAUGGACCCCAAACUGUAACAAGCAGUGUUGAAAAGUAUUUAUUUGUGCUUGUGUUCAUCUCUUUGCUUUUACCUGAUUAAUAUCAGUGAUCUGUGUGUGAACUUAAAGGUCCAGUGUGCAGGAUUUAGGGGGGAUGUCAUGGCAGAAGUGGAACAGUAAUAAAUAUGUUUUCUUUAGUGUUUAAUCACCUGAAAAUAAGAAUCAAUGUGUUUCCGUUACCUUAGAAUGAGCUGUUUAUAUCUACAUAGGGAGUGUGUCCUCGUCCACGGAGACGUUUCUACACUAGCCCAGAACAAACAAACCAAACCCUGGCGCUAGAAUGGGCCAUUCGCAUUUUCGUGUUGGCCACCAUAUUUAGCAGCCCCUCCAUUAUGAGCAGCACCGGAAAAACAGUUAUGUUUAACAUGAAACUGCUUGAUUUAUUGUUUGGUUCCAGCUAAAAUCACCAGGUCCAUUAGUUUUGGUGAGGAGGAGACCUCUGUGGAUAAUUUGGCUCCUGGUGAAAACCUCCUGAAUGUCUGGAUCUUAAGUUAUCGGAGAAAAAAUGUGACACACAUAUUAGCAGUUGCUAGCGACCUGUCUCUGACGAGCUGAACAGCAUCCAAGAAACACUGAUUUGUGACAUGAAAUGACUUUAUGCAGUGUUUUUAUUAGUUUAAAUCACCUGGUCCUUUUGUUUUGAAGAAAAGGAGACCUCUGCGCAUAAUUCGGCUCCUGGUAAAUACUCCCUGAAAGUCUGUAUCUUAAGUUAUCAGAGAAAAAAGUGGAGCACACAUUAGCAGUUGCUGGGCUAGCGACCACUUAAUCACUGAUUUGUAAUAUGAAAUUGCUUUAUUCAGUGUUUUUACUGGUUUUAAUCGCCUGAUCGAUUUGUUUUGAAGAG